CACAUCUUGUUUUAUAAAUUUUUCAAUGUUAUUUUCAAUAAAUAAAUUUUAUGAAUAAUUUUUAAAUUUACCUCUAUAAUCAAAGAAAUUGAAUUACUCCUUAAAUAUAUUAACUCCAAAAAAUGGAAAAAGUAUAAGGGCCGGGUUUCGUUUCUCAUAUUCUCACUCGCAGCUCCAUCUUCAUCCGUCUAUGGGAGUCAGUGACGGCUAAAUGAAGUCCAGAGUCGCGGCUUCCAUCUCCUCCUUAGCUGGUGGUCGUUCGAUAAACAUUUGCAGAACACUUCCAGUCCAACGAACAUGUGCACUUCCAGUCCAACGAACAUGUGAAGCGUUGAAAUUUAGGCCGUGGAGCCAAGGGAGUGGAAGCUCAAACCGCUCAUUCAUCAGCUUCGUAAAGGAAGAUGACAGCUUUGCAGAAUUGGGCCCUGCUGUGAAUGAAAAUGAUGCUUCACGUCUCAAAUUGGCAACAGAGAAACCGGAGCGCUUUAAGUGGCAAAAUGACUUUGUAAGAAAAAGGUUAUCCAACAACAAGAGUCAUCCAGUGAACAAGUGUGGCGGCGAGAAGGGAAGCAUCUUAACUCGUGGUGAAUCAAAUCAAGCCAUGAAUCAACUUCUGGGUUCUUUUAGUGCAAACAGGCCGAUUGAUGCAGUCAAAGUCAAUGACACUGGUGCUUUGGGUGAAUCCGGUCAACCCAUGGAGGAACAUGUGGAUGAUGCCUUCAUUGCAUAUAGUUCAACAAUCAGAAUCAAUGGUGUUGAUGACCGGGUAUCCAUCCACGACAUGCAUUCGCUCUGUGGAAAGGUUGGAAAUUUUGAAGGAUUGGCAUGGGUGGGUAAGGAUUCUGUGGAUGCAUUCUUUAAAGUUGGGAGUGAAUCAGACUCGACAGGAAUAGUGAGGAAGCUGAAUGGUUAUAGCAUUGCUGGGAGCCACUUAGUAGCAUCUAUACUUCCAAACAACUCUAAGGCAUCCAUUCCCGAAAACGAGAUUGAUUGGCCCGAGAGGGGUCUACGGUUCAGCACUACCCUUGAUGAACUCAAAAAGCAGAUGGAGUUGAAGAAGAUGUACUAUCAAGAUUUGGAGAUGCUGUAUCACGGGAUAAUGCACAUUCAGUGCCCACCCACUAUUAGCGAUGAUUAAUAACGCCGAUGGUCUGUUUUUGUUGCAAGGCUUUGCUAAGUGAAAUUGUUCAAGACCCCUUAGAGUUCUCAGAUUUAUGUGACUAUUAUGUGACAAUAGUACAACUGUAUUUUUUUUUGUGAAUUGUCGGUCUUAAGAACCAACAUGGGGACUCCAUCCACUUAGUUACGGUCAAUUAUAUAGCACAUGAUUUGAAAAAGAAAAAUCUCUGACUUUU